GCCGCCACGGUGUCCGGCUACACCAAAGCCGAGACCACGGGCACCCCGCUGGUGGACAACUUCAUCAUCCCCGAGUACCAGGAGGCGGUGCAGGGCGUGCUUGCAAAGGCCCUCAGGGGGAGCGACACCUCGAACUUCGAGUUCCCGCUGACGACGAAGACUGGCGACCAGGUCUUCAUCCUGCUCAACGCCACCGCCCGGAGAGACACCGACGGCAACAUCACGGGCGUCAUGGGCGUCGGCCAGGACAUCACCGAGCUGAAGAAGGCCAUGUGGCUCUCCGAGAGCGCCGCCGACGACCUGAAGCGCCUCAUCGACAGCGCCAACGCGCCCAUCCUCGGGAUCGACACGAAGGGCUGCGUGAACGAGUGGAACAAGAAG